CGAGGGGAUCAGAUCUUGACUUGACGCGCCAGGAACGCACUACAGGAGAGGAAUUACGCAGAUGAAAACCACACCGGGAUGUGUGACAACUGAAUUCCGGUUUGAAAUUGUAUCCGGUGCUUAUCGCAGUAGUCAGAUUUCAAAUACGAUCCAGAGGCAAAGUCUAGUUUCUGUGCAGUCUUGGAGCACAUCGCAUUGACCAUGCCUCGCGUCCAGCCCUCACCACGAGCGGCGCGUAAAAGCGAGUGGCUCCGGAGCGCCCUGGCUCAUCACCACUGCCCUGAUCCCUGCGUGGACAACGAGAUCGUGGUACUGGCAACUGGAGUAGACCAAUACCUGCAGGAGGUCUUUCACCACCUGGCCUACCCCAACCGGGACGACACAGUGUCCGCAGAGGAUUUCACUGAGCUGUGCACCGUGCUGGGACUCAACCGGGUCGAGAAAGGAAAGAGGACAAUUAAAGACGGAGCCGGAGAGGGACAAAAAGGUGAGGAAGAUGAAGAGUUCAGGGACGUGUGUUCCGGGCUGCCCUGCCACCUGUCCUUCAAAGACUUCCACUCGCGGCUCUGUGGAUAUUUCCGUGUGCGCAGCUCGCGAACAGGCACCGGGGAGUGCGCCUGGCGCCUGCCUGUUACCGAAGCCACGGAGCUGGUGGAGACACAGAUCCGGGUCCGGUGGCCUCGUUCAAGACGGAGAAAAUGCGUAAGCUUUGAUCUGACAGGGGACCAGAACGGAGCCUCUAAGAAAUCAACCAAAGGUAGAACCGCAGAGGAGCGCGAGUCAGAUGAGGUCGCAGCUCUGAGGGAGCUGGUGGAGGACCUCCGCUCAGCGCUGCAGGGAAGCGACGCACGCUGCCUGGCCCUGGAGGUAGCACGGAGACGGGAGAGGGGCCGCACGCCUCCGUCUCCAUCCAGGCUCAAAUCCACAGUUUCACCUCCUACAAGCUCCAUCACCCUUAAAGAAGGCAAACUGGUACCGACGCACAGAAUUAGAGGACAGGGCAGCGUUUCUAGAGUAGACGGGACAAGUAGGUUGGGCAGGAGACGUGACAUCAGGGACCCCCUUCUGAGGGAGCUGAGGCUCAUCCGCUCCGCGCGCGACGGGCAGCUGGAGGAGGCCAUCAAAUUUAACGAGCGUCUGGAAGAGGAGCUGCGGUGGGCGUACCAGGAAGUCCGUAAACUUCAGGGGGUGGAGUCAGCGCUGAGAAAAGAGAACACUCACAUCAGGAGGCGGGCGGAGGAGGCCAGGGAGGCUCUGAGCUUGGGGCUUGAGAGGGUUCGAAUGAUCCAGGAGCAGGCUCAGUCUGUGCCGCAGCUCCAGUCCAGGAUCAGCCAGCUGGAGACUGAGCUACACCAGUACAGGUCCUGCUGCACCUGCAUCUCUUACCCCGCCGAUCAACAAAUUCACCCAGUCGGAGCAGAGGACACCUGUGGCAAGACUGAUUCAGAGUGUCUGCAGAGAGCGGUGGAGGGGAAGGCGGCCUCGGAUGAAGAGGAGGAGGACGGAGGAACGAGGGAGGAAGGAGAGUGCAUCCUGAAAGAGACGAAGAAGAACAUCAGCCGACAGCACGACUGUGCCAAAGGAUGUCACAAGAACAAUCUGGUCCACCCGCGAUCCUCCCAAACUCACCUUCAUGAUAGACACCUAAGCACUUUGAAGGACAGCAGGGGGCGCUGCGACUGGAAGGGACAAAUCCAAGAGCAGCCAGAAGGGGGCAGAUGUUUUGAAAAAGACAAGAAGCCUGAAGAAGAGGUGGAGGAGACCAGGCUGGAGGAGGAGAAAGAAAAGACACGUCUGUCUUUACUAGAGGAUAAACUCACAGAUGCUCUCACAGUGCUGCUGCAGCUACGCAACAAGAACGUGUCCCGCAGAGCCCUGGGGAAGAUCGUGAUGGACACUCUGGAUGUCUGCAGCAGGAGUCGAGAGGGUCCCUCUCAGAUCUUGCAGGUAGCCGAUGCCCUCUGUGUGCGCCUGUCGUCCAGGGAUCUCUUCGGAAAUGGAUCAGACUCCGAAGCGGGAGAGAGCAGAGAGAAACUGCUGGUUUCGUCUUCAGGGUGUCAAAGCAGCAGCGUUAACUCUCUACUCAUCUCCUGUUAAAUCACCUUCUGUCUUUCCUGUAUUUAAUCUUUGUCUUAUUUGCACCCACACGUUUUAUAAGUAGCCUAUGUAUAUCCCAGAUUUUUAAAACAGUUCUAUCUAUUUAAAUAUUAAUUUUAUAUCCUUGAUUCAAUCUUUUGUGAAUGUACUAUCUAUUUAAAUUUAACCAUUAAAGGUUUUUAAAAUCCAAAGUGCUCACUGUCUAAGAGUUGACAAAGAAAGCUCUGAUUACAUCAUUUUGCAUCCUUCUCACACAGAAUCUUAGAUAAAGGGACGACUGACUUUAGCACAGAAAAAAACAUGGUCCAUCCUAAUUUAAAGCAACAAUGGACACAUUUUAGUUCACUCCUAAAUGCUCACCUUUACCCCUAAAAGCAACACAUUUGAUCUAUUGUUGCUUCAGUAAAACGUCACCUGUUUCAAAAUGUAAACCCCCUCUUCUACAAAUGAUACGAGCCUUUUUUUGUGGUAAUGUUACCGACGUAAAUGUGCCCACUGAACUUCACUGUAAGGCCAGUAAUGUCACAACCAGUAUCCAGAAGUAGGAAGGAUGCCAGAAAAGAGAGAAGAAGAAAAGGAGGGAGCUGGCGCCGACUUUUGACCCCAACAAUAUUUGAUUUGAACAAACUUGUUUCGGUCUGCUCCAAAAGGCUGUUGGGAACCAGGCAUAGGGAACUAAUGUUAGCUAGGAGGCUAGUGCUAACAGUAUCCUAGUGACU